AUAGAGAUGGAUAUUCCUUAUGUGACUACAAUCUGGGAGCACAACACUUACAUUCACUUAACACGUCUCAACAAGGCCAUCUAGUGGAAAGAAUGGUAAAUGCAGAACAGGUGACGCAACAGAAGCCAGAAAAACCUGCUCGUGUUUUGUUUAGUCAUUAGCUCCAGGCUACCUGCAUUGUGUUUCAUAACUCUGUGCGCCGCGAACGCAAAGGAACCCGGCUGUCCAGUUGGAAGACCCCAGACGGCGGUCUUUUUCGGCGACUAAGAUGUUGUUCUGCACCGGAUCUCUGCUUUUCGUGCUCUUUCUAGGAGGCGCAAAGGCCCAGGGGAAUUUCUGGGAGACUGAACAAGAGACGUGCACACGGCACGGGAGAACCGGCAGCUGUGAAUUCUACGGCAUUCCGUGUUUGGAAAAGAAAUUCAACUGCUUGGUGGGCGGGUUCCCAGUGGGGUACGGGUACCGCUUCUGUUCCAAGAUCGAGACGCACUACGAGGAGUUCGACGCUGACAUCCUGGCGGUAGUGCUCAAGUGCCCGUGUAACUACGGCCAGUCCGGGAUUGAGAAUAACGUCGGUGCCGCCAACGAUAUCUACUCAAAGGUGCUGGAAAUCUCAACCACCUACUGGACGAAAGCUCCUUCACUAGCAAUUCAGUCCGACUGUGAGACCAAGGCUUUGAAUGGAGACUGUGCCUUCUACGACUGCCUGGAGAAGCGCUACCCCUGUGGCAGGACCAAGUUCGUUCAGAGGGAGGGUCAGCCACUGUGCGAGCAGAUCAAGAAGAAGGCAGGCGUAUUUACACCAGAGGGCCAAACGUGGAUCACGAAGUUCACCAAGUGCAUGACACGUUCCCUGCUGCCGGCGUACAAGGCGGAAUCCAUGUCCUGCAGACACAUCCACAACUUCGGCUUCCGGACACAGUACCAAUGCUUCAUAGACAACGGCAUCUGUGACUUCGUGGAGAACAGGCAGAAUGAGUUCGGCCUGUGGUACGUGGACGAUAUUGUAUCCGAUUGGCGCUUCCACGAAGAGCUGUCCACCAUCCUGUGCCGAUGCCACAAGUUCGAGGGUGGACAUCGCUACAAACUCAAGUUCAGCAGCGUAGCGACGGCAUGGCUGAAGCAGAAAGCAAAGGUCAUCGACCAGUCGUCCGCCGCAGACGAUCAAUGCACCGGUCAGGGCGGGAAGUGUCAGGACUACUCGGUAAGGACGUGUCUGGCAGGGUACGAGGACAACAAGUGCGGCGGCAACGCGCUCAGGAAAUGCUGCCUUCCGUGUGGUUCUUCAUGUGAAUCCACCCACCAGUCAUAUGCCUCAGGAGACAGCGCCUGCUCCAGCGCGGGAGGUCAGUGUAAGAUGGACAGUAACCUCUGUCACGGGGAGUACCAGACUGGGCUGUGUGGAGGACCCGCUGGUAGAAAGUGCUGCAUCUCAGGUUAAUGCAAGUAGGCAAGUGGAAGAGAGAAUGGACACCCCUGUCUAUAUCGGCAAACAAGUCCUUGACACCUUUUCGACAGACGUCAAAAAGCAAAUCCGCAAGUUUCAUUGACUUCAGUGAAGCACAGAGUGCAGCAAUCCUGCAAUUUUAAGAUUAAUUUGGUCUUUUUGAUAGUGGGUGAUUACUGUUUGUCCCAUGUUACGUCAUUUCGGUUACUUUGAACAGCGGGUGUCAAUCAUUACAUUAUUCUUUUAGCAAUAUAUAUCUUGUACUAAAUCAGUUUAUUGUGUUUGACGUAUCCUAUAUUCGAUGCCAUAAAAAUAAUUUUUCCGACAACCUGAAUCCUGUGUUCUAGAAUUAGGAUAAUAAUGGUAAAUUACUGAGCUGGAUAAUUGUAUAAGCACGCACAUUCAUUUGAUCAUUUGACAGCAGUUGAAAAUGUCAGAGGUUAAAGGUUAAUGCCUGGUUGUACCACUUACCAGACCUGUUCUUCUAGUUGUUAUUUUGUUUGUGGGCUCUAAAUGGUUGCCUGAUCAUUAUGUUUUUACUGUAUCACAAACAUAUGUUAGAAUAAACUUGUCUCUUCGUCAUAUUGCUUCCAGCUUUGUCUAAUAAAUCAUUUCAAAUCUA